AUGAAAACAAAUCACAUUGACCAUUCUAGUAUAUUUUUAGUAGCAUCACCAACUUCAUACAAUUCACGUUAUUCAAGUUUAUUAGCAAUAAAUAGUAAAAAGUAUGCUCGUAAUGAAAAUUCUUCGUCAAACUUUUACUUUGAAACAAUUAAUGUGAUUGUCAAUACAACGGGCAGUUAUAAAUUUACCAGUAAGAGUAAUAUUGAUACUUAUGGAUAUAUUUAUCAAGGAAAUUUUUAUCCAUUAUAUCCAACUUUUAAUUUACUUGCUCACGAUGAUGAUAAUGGCGGAAAUAGUCAAUUUCAAUUGACAGUUUCUCUCCAGAAUUACAAUACAUAUAUUUUAGUUGUUACAACAUAUGCUGAAGAUGUUACUGGACCAUUUUCAAUUGAGAUUUCUGGUCCAAAUUUCUUGACUUUAUUUCAAUAG